CAAAAAACAUGGAGCAUAGGAAGACUAACCUUCUACGCUGGGCGUUCGAAGGUUGUCGGAGAAAAGAGAAAGAGAUCUAACACGACGGCAACGCAGCUGAGAAUUUGUGAGAAGAGUCCUAUCUUUUGUAGGAAACCCAUUUAAUUAAAUAAUUAAUAUAUAUUCCGUCACUGCCUUUCGGAACAAGUUCUACUGCUGAUCGAAGGCUCGAAUCUGCGAAAGGAAAUCAUCUUCCACAGAGAGGGCAGCUACAAUUCCUUUAAUGGCCAAUCAGUCCUCGUCCUACCCAAUCCUCUGCGCUUCCUUCAAUCAGGACGCCAGUUGCUUUGCGAUAGGCACAAGUGAAGGGUUCAAAAUCUUUGAUUCGAAUACAGGGAGGCUCUGUUACGAGCGAGCUAUUGGAGCCUUCAUUAUUGUUGAAAUGUGGUUUAGCUCCAGUCUUCUUGCCAUUGUUGGAGCUGGGGAACAGCCAUCUUUAUCCCCACGCUGUCUUUGUUUGUUCAAUACAAAAACUGGGGCUGCUCGCCGAAAACUAAAUUUUUUAACUUCAAUACUUGCUGUUCGCAUGAAUAGGGAAAGGCUCGUUGUCGUUUUGCAGGAUAAAACCUAUGUGUAUGACUUAAAUUCUGUUAAAAUAUUGGGUACUAUUGAUACGGUGCCAAAUCCAAAAGGGCUUUGUGGAUUCUCGCCCAGUUUGGAUGGUUGCUUCUUGGCUCUUCCUGCUAGCACCACCAAAGGAUUGGUGUUGUUGUACAAUGUCAUGGAGUGCCUUUCACAUUGUGAGAUAGAUGCCCAUCGUGGACCUCUGGCUGCAAUUUCCCUUUCUUCCAACGGGACGUACAUAGCAACUGCUUCUGAACAAGGAACCAUAAUCAGAGUCUAUUUGGUUUCGGAUGCGACUAAGUCAUAUAGUUUUCGAAGGGGGACAUAUCCGUCAACUAUAUUUUCCUUGUCAUUUGGGCCAUCUGUACAACUUCCAGAUAUUCUUUCGGCUACAAGUUCUUCAGGUUCUCUUCAUGUUUUCUCUCUGGGAUUUGCUAUAAAUCAAAGAAGCCGGAAAUCAAGUAGCAUUCUUGGAUCAAUAAUACCUGACUCUGUCACUGAUGCACUGGAUCCAGCUCACCAUCAUGUGCUUCAUAGUGCUGUUACAGCAGGAGUUAAAAGCAAUGCAGUGAUUCGCAAAGUUGACAAGCUUGCCGAUGCAUCCACAUCUGGAGCUGUAUAUUGCAAGGCUACCAUAUCCAUAAUAAACUACAAUGGGCACUUCCAGGAGUACAGCUUCACUCUCAACCAUCAAAAUGAGCCUUCUUGGACUUUGGACCAUGAACUCAAUCUUCUAACAGUGGUCUCAGAUGACACCAACUCAUGAUCAAAUGUUGCAUGGCAUCCAUCUUUAAAGCUUGUCUUAGGGUUUAACCUUGAUGGAAGAUGAAGACUUUGACAAUCAAUUAUGUCAUAAUUGAUUAUCCAAUACAUGUGAUAUGGUUGCUUUGGCAAUCAUUCUAUAAUAUUUGUAUAGAGCAUCCAUGUAAAUAUUACUUUGGCAAUCAUUCUAUAAUAUUUUUAUAUAUCCUUCACUAUUUUUUA